UCAUUCAUAACAUAUACUCGAAAUAUUCCGUACGCAUUCAGUCAAUAGGACUAACCUAGGUGCAUAAUCUGUUAGGUGAAUUGCGGAGGAAAUACUCUUUAGUAACAAACUAAAACAUUUCAAGUCUAUCGAGAUAAUAGCAUAAGCAAGUUCAACAAACGUGCGUCUCGAAAAAAUAAAACAAUCUGAUAAAGUAUAAUUGCUUCAAUAUUGUGCGGAUCAUCGAUCAGCAUUUGUAUAUAGUGAUUUCCACGGAUAUCUGAAAAAUAUGGAACACGUACCUUAUGGAACGUGGGAACUACGCCUUUGAGUAUGAAGGCAUAGAAUAUAUCUCAACCGAAGGGAAUAAGGUCGGAAGUUUAGCGGCAAUGCAGUUUGCAUAGAACAACAUCUCACGUCAGCCCUAGUUGUAUCGAUUUUUUACUAUCGAACAAACAUUUUGUUAUAGUGUGUUUUUUAUUUCAAAUGUGUUGGAAUAUAAUAUUCUUUAGAAAAUUGGUUUAAGUUAUUAAGAAUUACAGUGAAAUAUAAAUUAUAAAUGUGAACAAAUGAACUCUAUUUAUCGGAUCCAUUACCUGAAAAUGAUUGGCAUGAACCAAAUAGUAUGUGUAACGUGCACUAUAAUUAUUUCCUUAUCACUGGCAGCCAAUGAGCACGAAUAUUUUCCAGGACUAAGGAGGACCAAACCAAGCGAUGCGAAAGAAGCUCCAGAGUUUCUGAGAACAAUAAACGAACUCAUCGAGGAACAAGCACGCCGUCGAUUUUUGGAACAUCUCCAGCGGUUUCAUCUGAAUAGAAAUAUUUUACUGAGAACUGAUGCAGAGGAAGUAUCCCGACCCGCAUUUACCUAUCAACUGGCAAUGAAUGAUCACAUCGAACUGGACAAACCAAUUGAAUUUGCGGUCAAUCCAGGUGACCCUCGGUUCUUCGACCAUACACUGAGCGCCGACCCAAUCAGGCACAACAAUGAACCAGAUGAAAAGCCAGUUCGAGAACUUAUGAACGAGCUCAAUGUAAAUCUUCCCCCAUCACCACAGGACGUGAAACCAAAACAUCCUAUUUAUAAUCAACAACAGAUUUCCAAUAAUAAAAUGAGAUAUAAUGAAUACAAGCUGGAUGAAAAUACUUUACCACAAAGUGGCAAUGGUGUAAUUCAAAAACCUGUAAAAAUGGAUGGUGUCAUGACAAUGUAUAUAGUCGCCCUAAUUGGAGGCAUAAGUGCCGCGGUUACCGUCGGUUUGAUCUCUGUUGGAAUUGGCUGGUAUACGCUACAAAGAAAAGCAAAAGCAGCUGCUGAUAUCGAUUAUCCAGCAUAUGGUGUUACUGGACCGAAUAAGGACUCAUCUCCAUCGGGCGACAAAAGAUUAGCCCAUAGCGCUCAUAUGUACCACUACCAGCAUCAGAAACAACAAAUUAUAGCAAUGGAAAACCAUAACGCCGUGGAUAAGAAUAAAAUGCAUUCAGAGGCGGAAAGCGAAGACGACAACGAAGAAGGGGACUAUACUGUGUACGAAUGUCCUGGAUUAGCACCGACAGGUGAAAUGGAAGUUAAAAAUCCUUUAUUUUUGGACGAUGCUCACGGAGGCGCUUUGGCCGCUACGACGACAAUCACAGAUGUUAGCGUACCAACAAUAGGAAAUAAUCAACUUUAAUCGCAUUGAAUGAAAAUGGAAUAAAAUGGAAUGAAAUAAACUGUAUGGAAUCAAAUAAUCCAAAUAAUCCAUUGACAUAAUCGACAGUCGUUGUGCUGGUUGUGGUUGACAAUGUCAAGCCAUCAUUGACAAAUUGAGUAUGUUCUCUGUUGGGAGAUAUGAUCGCAAUGGCUGCGUGAAUUAUAAAAAGUUAAAUAAAAACCAUUCUGGCCAUGAAAAGCUGUCAUUACUGUAUACUCUAAUUGUAGCCAUUAUAGCCAUGUUUUCAAUGGAUGUCGGUGUAUUGCUUGAACGGUAUAUAAAUUAAAUAAAAAGAGUAGACAUUUCGUAUUGAGUUCAAUAAUUUCCUAGACAAAUCAUUUAAAUACCUUUAACUUGCUGUAAAAAGAUUGAAAAAUUGUUGAGCAGUUCAAAAGUCACAUUUUAAAGAAUGGGUUUGCUCGGCAAACAGGACAGAAAUGAGUAAACGCAUUAUAAAGUAAGUUACAUCUAAAUCGACAUCUAGCUAAUCGGACAUACCAGUAAUGCGACAGGAAUAAUUGGACAUUUUUGUAAACAUCGAGUUUGGAACCCAAACCCAAAUAUUGAAAGUCACCACCAGAGGGCGACACUGUAUCACUGUCAUCGCGAAUAUCCAAUUACAUGUCACAAUCGCCUCUAAGGGCAUCCGCACCAAUGCGUUACUAUUCAUGGUUUCUAGUCUCGAGUUUUAGCCGUUGCCAAUUUAUUAACUCAUCGAUUUGCGCACCCGUCGUUGCUAUCGCGGUUGCUAUAGUAUCACUUCUUUUUCGCACCGCAGGUUGCUAAAUACGAUUGCUAUUACUAGAAAAAAUGACAAGUGUCAGUUAAUUCUCUUUUCGUCGCGUUCAUUUUUUGGUAGAUAAAUGUAAUAUAUACACUUCCAAAAUAAUAUUUCAGAGCAAAAUCACAAAAAACGAACACAAGACGAAUGAAACCCACAACAGAUGUUUGACGUUUGUUCAAAAUAGCAACACUUGGCUCGGUUGCUAUCGUACAACGAGCAACUUAUCGCCCAUAAUUUGACAAGUUUCGUACAUUAAGCAGAUUGUUUACAUAAUUUCAGGCGUUUUUAUUGCUCUUGUGUACGAUGAACAACAAAAUUUGUUGCCUGUUGCGCAUUGCAGCUUGCUAGUUGCUUGUUGCUCCGAUGUGCGAGCCGCCUAAAGUGCGCUACACAUAGAACGUCCCGUCACCGUGAAGUCAACGUAAAGGAAUAAAAUGUCAAAUAUUCUUCCAUGGAAAUCGUAUGGUAGCAUUCACAUAUACAAUCACCGGCAACUUUGACGUCGGCAAAAUAAGUCCAAGAGAAUAGUUGACGGCACGGUGACGGUGACGCUGUAUGUGUAGCGCACUUAAUGCGACACUGAGUGGUGCCUCGAUAUGUCGAAUUAGAUGUAACUUACUGUACUUCAAAAAUGAAAAAAAUAUACUGUUUUGAACUGUUUUGGUCUUGUUAAAAACGGAAGCUUUCCAAAAACUAUAUAAAAAAUUACGAUCACUAUGAACUCGACACCUCAGAAACAAAGGACAAAAUUGAAGUGCAAACAAAGUCUAGAAGGUCCAGCAGUUUAACAAUAACAAGUUUUCUAAAAUGGAUAUAUUUGGUAGAAAAGACUAUUUUCUCAUUACCCUAAUUCAGAAAUCAAUCAAUUAAACAACAAAAAAAUGGACUAAAAUUUUCAUUAUAGUUUGAGCUUCUUUCAGAUAUCUAUUUUUUUUAUUGAUUUUCUGUGCCUGAGGUAAGAAAAAAGGUUGCUGGGAAAUUUGUUUUUAUGUUCAAAAUUUUAUGUUCAAUAAAAUUAAUUUUACAAGCAAACGUACGCGAGGGCUUUCAGAAUGGUAUGCACCACGCACAUAUUUAUCUGGAAACCUGGAAAGUUUUUUCUUCGCACUUGUUUUAUUUUAUGUUUGUGGGCAGAGUUUCAUUUCGAAGAUAAAUUCUUCACUAUAAGUUUCACUAAAUUACAAAAGUAUCAAGCAUUAAGAUUAGCACUACAGCAUGUUCAAAGUAACGUCAAUCAAGUAUUACAGUGCAAACAUAUAGUUUUGUUUUGCAACACAUAGGAUGCUUCCGAUAAUAAUACGAACCAUUUACAAAUCAUCUUCCUUUGCGUACAACUUUGAAUUGGUUUCAAUAUAUAUUAUUGAACUUCGAUUAAUCACGAUGUCGUAGAUUCUGCUGAUUCACGAAAUGUAUGUGACCAAAGUUUGUUGGUCGAUCUCGAAUAAAAAAUCACAAAUAUAUCAAGGUAUUUAAAUGUUUUUGUAUGAUAGGCGAGUCAGAUUAAGAAGACCUUAAAAAGGGUCGCUUGAUGAUAUUCCACAGUCACGCAACCAUACAAGAUGCAUCAAUGAAUAUAAUCAAAAUAUCUAUUAAGAUUGUGAAAAGGAUAAAAGAAAGGAACACUAAGAAAAGCGUCAAACUAAUGGACAGCAACAAAUAACAAAGCAGUUACAUUGUUGUUUUAAUUAUUAGUUUCUUGUUGUUGACACCGGGAUUUGGAACUCUUACUCUUGAUUAUCACUUAGCUAAUGGUCACUGUAACUAUAUUGACAUUAAUAAAACUAUUUUAUAUACAUUUCAAA